GUCACUCAAGUGUCACUCACAGCACAAAGAGGCAGCCGGCGGGCGCACCGCGCCGCGCCGGGCCGGCGCAAAAAUCGAAACUCCGCGCCGGGGAAGGAACACGGGGCCGCGUACUUACAUUUCAUGCGUUUCGGACAGUCCUGCUUCCUCCUCGGCAUGGCUGCAGCGGCGGCGACGACGACGACUUCCGGCACUCGGGCGGCUGACGGCUGUCGGCGAGCCAGUUGUGACGGCAAGUGUCAGUUUCAGCAGCGCUUCAUCACCAUGACGACGGACGCCCGCGACAAACACUGAGCUGUGUAAUUACUCUUCCACUCUCCCCUACACUAUUCGUUUCUCUCUCUCUCUCGCUCUAUUUUUGCCCCUUUCCCUGCCUCUCCUCUAGUUUUCACCGAUUUGUCAUAGUGACGCCACACAUCACGCGUCGCUUCUCACUCGCGCGGGGAAACCCCCCCACUCCGCAGAGAGCGCGGCACGCAACAAUCACAUUAAAGCACAGAGCGCGCCGGUGGUGGUGGUAGUAGCUCCUCCUCGGUCACCUGCGCGCCGACAACUGAGCGGCGUGGCGUGGCGACGCAACGCUGGCCGGCUGUGGCGGCGGCGGCGGUGGCGACGGCGGGGCGAAGCGGUCAGCCAGCCUCGACAGACACUGACUGACUGACUGACACGGCUCCGCUACAGUAGACAGGCGGCCGGCGGGCGGACAGAUAGACCCAGGCCGGCCGACCGGGCGGCGCAAUCACCAGCCACUCCGUAGUCCGCGCGCGCGCUGUCUCUCUCUCUCUCCCUCCCCCUUUCUUUCUCUCUUUCUCACUCGCACGCCCUCCCCUCUCCCUCUCUCUCACUCUCGACACCUUCCCCCCUCUCUCGCUCACUUCGUGCUCCCUCACGCUCCGCGCGGCUCCCGCUGUCAACUCCUCGUCACCGAGUAUUCCGAAAAUCUAAACGUCGUCGCGUAGCAAACACCGCCACCGCGCGCUGCCGCGGUGCGAGUAACCUCAUGGGUCUGCUGGUGACGUCACGCGUGCUGGGCGGAGCCUGCGCCAGUCACCGCCCAUCCCUUCCCCUCCGCUCCCCACCACUGCGCGGCCAGUCCAUUCGAUCACAGCGAGAGGGGGUUAAUACAGUGCUACGAGAAGCAUUUCCCCGACUUUUUCCUGACCUCGAAAUCACAGGACUGAAAUUUCCUCCUUGGUGUGAUGGAGUGGUGAAUUGCCCUGACAACAGCCUGCCAGCUGAGAGAAGUGCACCUUAAAAACCACAGUUCAGUGAGCAGCACGGAUGGAGGAGGAGGACGACGACACGCACCUGUGCCUCAAGUGCCGGGCGACCAUCACGGGGCUGGACAACUACGUGCAGCACCGCAAGGCGGGCUGCCCGCCGCGCCAGGGCCAGGAGCUGCGCGCCGACGACUUCUUCUCCUCGCUGGAGCUGCAGAGCUCCGCCAAGAAGGCCGCCGCCGCCUCAGCCGCGCCCGGCACCUCCGCCGGCAGCAACGAGCGCGCCGGCCGCGACACAGACGAGGAGGAAGAGGAGGAGGAGUACAGUGACGGAGAGGAGUUCGCGGACUUUGAGGAGGAGUGUCCGCCGCGCGGCCACACAGGGGGCAAGUGGCGGCCCAGCGCCUGGGCUGGGGGCGGCGCCGCGUCGCCCCUGCCGCCCCCGCCGCCGCUGGAGCCGCCGCCCUCCUUCACCGGCGGCAAGUGGAGGCCGCAGCUGUCACCCCAGGAACACCGACCGGGCUCACCUCCCCAUCACCAGCAAGAGGCUUCCGGUGGAAGCAGUGCCAGCAGUCGGUGGCCGGAGACGGAGCAACCCAAAGAGCAGCAGCAGCAGGCGAGGAGCCGCCAGGAGCCGGAAGAUGACGACGAAGAGGAAGAGGGCAGGGGCGGUGGCCCGCCGCCGGGGCACACGAGCGGCAAGUGGGUGCCCGGAGGCCGCGCGGUGCGCAAGCAGGGCAGCACUGUGCAGUACUGGUGCGGCGCCUGCUGCCGGCGGCUCAGCUCGCGCGCGCUCUACCAGCGCCACCUGCAGUCCGAGCUGCACUUCAAGCGCACCCUGCUCGAGCGACAGCUCGAGACCAGCCGCCCGCCGCAGCUGCAGCCGCAGCAGAGGCCGCGCGCGAAGCGGGUCGUGCGCCGCACUGCCGCCUACAUCAACAGCCACCUCUGGGCGCCCAGCAAGCGCCGCCGCCUGCAGGAAGAGGCAGACCGCCAGGCGGCGUCGCAGGCCGUGGCCCCCUCGAGCCCCCCGCCGCCUGCCACCACCACCAAGCAACGGCCAGCAGCAGCUCAGGAGCCGCGGCCGCAGCAACAGCAGCGCCAGCGGCAGAAGCGGCUGGCGCAGUGCGAGGCGUGCCGCGCGCGGCUGCAGCGCCACCAGUGGGGCCAGCACCUGCUGUCGCACUACCACUGGCGGCGCGGGGCCGCCGCCGCGCCGCAGCUCCACCGCCAGCUGGUGCUGCGCCACAUGCCUGCCAUCGCCAGGCUGGCCCCCUUCCGCUGCCAGCCCUGCCACUUCUACUUCAACACUGCCCACGAUCUCGAGCAGCACGUCUGCUCCCGCGAGCACCGCCAGCGUGACACAGAGUUGCAGGGCGACUACUGGUGCUCGCUGUGUCGCGCGUCGUGCGACAGCGCGGCCGGCCUGCUGGGGCACCUGCGCUCGCAGGCGCAUGGCGAGCUGGUGGCGGCGGCCGCGGGCUCGCUGCCCGUCGAGCUGCGGCGCCGCCGCCUCCCCUGGUGCGCCGACUGUGGCCGGCGCUUCCAGCUGCGCGCGCAGGUGCUGGCGCACGCCCGCCGCCGCGGCCACUACCGCGCGCUGCGGCUGAUGCAGAGGGUGGCCAGGCCGUGCCUCCGCAGCUGCGCCCAGUGCAGCCUGCGCUGCCAGUCGUGGGCCGAGCUUCAGCGACACGUCAAGAAGGCGCACGGCCGGGAGCUGUUCUUCUGCUCGGCGUGCUCGCUGGAGUUCGGCAGCAGCGCGGAGGCGCUGGCGCACCGGCGCUCCACGCGGCACCGCCACACGGCCAUCCAGCACCUGGCGGGCCCCCGCCGCUGCCACUACUGCCCGCUCACAGUGGAGGGGCUGCCCAGCCUCCAGCAGCACAUCCGCGCCGUCCACCCCAACCUCAUGAGCGCGUGCGCGAUGUGCGGCAUGAAGUUCGCCCUGGCGCAGCAGCUGGCCCGCCACGUGCGCGACAAGGCGUGCGCGUUCCCCGCGCAGGGCGCUGCUGCAGAGCAGGGCAGCCAGGGGCAGCCGGAAGCGGCGCCGGCGACGUCGGCCGCGGCAGACGCGGACCCUCCUCGGCAAGUCCAAGAGGAACCUCAGCAGGCCCCAGAGGAGGCGGCCGGGUCUCCGCCUGCCUCCACCGCAGACCGCGACCCGUUGUCCACGGCAGUCGCUGUCGAGUCCCAGGCGACGGAGGGGCUACUAAAAGAACACGCGUGCAGCCAGUGCCCCUACCGCUGCUCCACGCGGGUCGAUCUCUUAUUCCACACGACACAACCCAUCAAUACGGUCGCUCAACGGCACCCCGAUGUUGGCUGGAACACGGUGUGA